CCCUCCACUGAUUUCAUUCUUCUUCUUCCUCUUCUUUUUCUUGCUCUCUUUCCCCUUCUUUGACCUCUCCUCGCUCUCUGCUCACCCACCAUUGGCCCUCUACUCUUAUAGUCCAUAAGAUACCCGCCAAGCCGUCGUGUUCUUGAGGCUUAUAAUAUCCCACUCUCAAGAAGCUCCGUUUGCUUCAUCUUCGGCCCACUUCUCACUCGCCUGAGCUCUUCCGGUUCCAGUGGCGAGUAGUGGAGCGAAUUUCAGCAGUAACAGCAACAGGUUUUAAGCGGGCGCUAUGUGUUAACUCAUUGCAGCUUGAAGAAUUAGGAGGGCAAUUUGUGCCCUUAUGGGUACGAUGACUGCAUCUUCGUUUCCGAUCUCUCGUGAAGCAUCAAACUAUGACGAGGUCUCUAUGCAGCAGAGUUUGAUGUUCUCUGAUAGCCUCAAGGAUUUGAAGAACCUGCGGGCCCAGUUAUACUCGGCAGCUGAAUAUUUCGAAUUAUCAUUUACUAAUGACGACCAGAAACAGAUAGUGGUCGAAACAUUAAAAGAUUAUGCGGUGAAAGCUCUUGUGAAUACUGUGGAUCAUUUGGGAUCUGUGACUUACAAAGUCAAUGAUCUCCUUGAUGAAAAGGUUGAUGAAGUUUCUGGGACAGAGCUUCGUGUAUCUUGCAUUGAGCAGAGACUUCGUACGUGCCUGCAGUAUAUAGAUCAUGAGGGUCGUUCCCAACAGUCACUUGUUAUCAACACCCCCAAGUUCCACAAGCGUUACAUUUUGCCAGUUGGAGAGACAAUGCGUGGUUCGGAUGGCACUAAGUUGAAGUACCAAGGUAGUUUCCUGGAUGACGGGGAUGACUGGCAUCAAUUUAGAAAUGCCGUAAGAGCUACGAUUAAGGAAACUCCACCCCCUGUGAGUAAAGGGCGUUCACCUGCACCUUCUGUUCGGCCCCAGAAAUCUGCAACCUUUUCGUUCACUUCCACCAUGCCUAAGAAAGAAUUAGAUUCAGAUAAAAGAACAGCUUCGCCUCAUCGAUUCCCUCUCUUGCGUUCUGGGUCUGUUACAAAUAGAUCAGUGACUCCCAAUUCAAGUCGGCCCACUACACCAAACACGAGUAGGCCAACCACUCCGAAUCUCUCUCUGGCUGGACGACGUUACCCAUCAGAGCCCAGAAAAUCUGCUUCAAUGCGAUUGCCUGCUGAAAGGGAUAAUGGGAAAGAUGUCGAGCAGUACCCGAGCAAAAGUAAACGUCUCCUCAAGGCAUUACUUAGCCGUCGCAAGUCGAAGAAGGAUGAAACGCUAUACACGUACUUGGAUGAAUACUGAGGAAACACGAAAAAAUAAAAUGAAGAGGAAAAAGCGGCAGAACAGCUUAGGGAUGAGCAAAUACUACAUCAAGUUAGUGUUUUUUUUUUUUCCCCCUUUUCCACUCGAGUCUCUUAUACGUGUAAGCGGUUUGUAGGUCAUGCAAUAUAUUUCUUCCAUGUUCUUUCGAGCGUCUCUUAUACGUGUAAGCCGUUAUGUCGGCUAAAUCUCUCUGUAUCGUCUCCGAUCAGUACAUUUGAUUAUAUUCAAUCUGAUGAAAGUAUAUCUAGCCAUUUGAUGCA